UCAAGGCCCGCAAGUAGAAGCAGAGACCGACUGAGCAACAGAUCUACAGAGAUGGUGUCCUCGCCGCUGCCCUCGUCGACGCUGGACGCGCUGGCGCCGCCCUUCUAUCCGUCCAUGACGUGGUACCCGGAGAUCACGGACGACUACUACCUGGAGCGCCCGCACUCGCCCGGCAAGUCGGGCUUCGUGAUCGCCGACCCCGUGGAGCCCGUGCAGGAGAUCCCCGACGAGGAGCUGUUCGACCCGGCGUUCUACCCGCUGACGGCCUCGGAGAUGCUGGAGCUGGAGCAGGUGGACGAGAUCAACGAGAUCCUGGCCGAGCUGGACCUGAUGGAGAACCACCAGGAGCUGCACUACAAGCUCAGCGAGAAGACGCGCGAGCUGCGCUCCAGCUCGGACGUGGACGCCGAGAUCUACAGCAUGAUGGCCAAGGCCGCCAAGGCCAAGAGCUUCUCCGCCUCCAAGCAAGCCGUGCAUCUGCACAAGAAGAACAGCUUCCACGCCAAGAGGAACAUGCGCUCGUCGCUGCACCAGCCCCGCUCGGUGAAGUAGAGCCGUCCACACGUCGACCACCUUUUGACGUGCGGCGGCACUGUUACAACGCAACGGAGUGAGUGAGCAACGCGACGAGCGGCCGCAGUGUCUGGACAGAUCAAGGCACCCGCGGCCGGCCCCAUCCAGAACAAAAAAUACGGAAGAAACUCGCGCUCCAUCUGACUCAAACGAAAACAACAAGAACAACAACAAGACCAGCUAGCCAGACCUAACGCGUGCGCCCGCCAUUGGUACGACGUACGCGAGCUCUGGCGACACAACUACAACUCAUACAACCAGCGGACAACUCGUGCUACGGAAAUGUCAGCAAGAAAAAAUACCAAGUAGCAAGAAAAUAGUUAGGACGAGAGAAGAAGAAGCACGGCAUGAAGACGAGCAAUGAGCGAGGGAGCGGCGCGACGAUGGGACUGGGACUCGAGCUCCUGCGACCAAUGGCAUCCGAUUGAAGGCAAGCCGACCCGAAGCAGAACUCCAAGGGACUCUCCACCCACCCCAUCGCCGACGUCCGUGAAAGCGGCGUUUACUGUGAAUCACGCAGUACGAGAAUGUACCAAUAUCCCAGAAAAAUUAUAACUAUAUGUAAGAUGGAGCGAGUUUUUC